UAUUAGAAGCACAAAGUAAAAGUUAUUUAUUUUUCAUAAUGGCGCGUAAAAAAUCACAAAUAGUUAUUUUUUGCUUGCUGCUGGGUAUAGUAACCAUAUUAGCUUUACCUCAGCCUCAUGUCAACAAAGGUGCUUCACACAGAGUAAAUGGCACUUACAACUCGUACAGUAGCAGAAAUAGUUUACCUGAUUACCGACCCAAAAAUGUAACAAAUCAAUGGAAUCAACCCCUGUACCAACCUUACAAUCGUACUCAUGUUGCCAAUCAAUUUGCACCCCAACCCUCUUUCAAUAAAUCCUAUGGUGUAGGUAAUCAAAUACAUUCAGUCCCCAAUACCUACAAUUUCUCUCGACCUCUUAAUCAAUGGAACACCAACACGCCUCAACAACCAAUAACGUUACCACGUUUCCCCACCAAUGUGACCUAUGGUAUGGGUAAUCCAAUUUAUGCUGUUCCCACGUAUAACUUCAGCAAAGCUCAAAAUUAUUGGAACGGAACUCAUUACACGAAUGGAACAUAUAUGGCGAAUAACUAUCAUGUAUCUGCUUAUAAAUCUGCCUCAGGUUACAAUGAACCACAGCAGCAGCCAUGGAAUAAUUUAAAUCAAAACCGAAAUGGAUCAUGGAAUAAGGCAGGCCCUCAACACGGUAAUGCUGCGGGCAAUGGCGGCUAUGUACAAGUUCCUGGUCCUAGCGGUAAUAAUAGAUUUGUUCUUAGAAAUACCAGUCCCCCUUAUCGUAGCAGACCUCUGCAAAAUAAUCAAUGGUCAAAUCAGAAUAGAACUUCAUAUUAUCCAGCACAACCAGGUGGUCAAGCAACGCAGCAAUAUCCAACAAAUCCAUCGCACAUUUAUCCACCACUUCCGAAUCAAGGAUAUCCCAAGCCUGUGCAGCCCAAUGGCCCUCCGACUAAGGGAUUUCCUGCAACAACACCUACCCCGAAUUUGUAUCCCCAACUAGCUACCCCCAGACCUUAUCCUGCACCUCAGCCGCCUGUCCCAGUGCAUCCAGCUUCACCCCAAAUGCCAGUUCAGCCUCAUUUGCCUUCUCAACCUACAGUUCUGCCUCAAACACCGGUUCAACCCCAAAAACCCAAUACUGGCAGCAGUGGCACACCCACCGUCCCCUUGUAUGGUUCUACGAAUUGGCAAACUGCUGGACCUGCUGCUUUAAGCUAUGCCCAAACGGGUCCUCAUCAACAGCCUUCGGGAAACUCAAAUAUUGGUCAAGCAAAGCCCAAGGGAGGUACAACAAGCCCUUAUGCAAAUAUAGUCAAUUGAGGCCAUGGCUCAAAAUUGAUAUUUGACCCAGAAUUGUAGUAAGCAAAUUUUGUAUGUCAAUUGAUAAAAUGUUACACAAAUUUUAUAUAAAAAUUAAUAAAGAUUACUUUUUUCACCUCGAUAA